GUAUUGUUGCCGACACAUUCUUGAUAUAAUAUAAUACUUGCCACUGCACUGUGUAUCCACAUUUUAGUGUUCUGUAGGCUUUUGGUCUGUGUGGAGCAUACGGCAGAUUAGGGAGAAUGUUGCAGCAAAGGUGUCAGUACCCAUGGGUCUCAGAACCAGUUAAGAUUUCUGAAUACUACGAUAAUUUUAAACAAAUGUUGUCAUCAUUGUUGCCGAACACGCAAAGUUCAGAAGUGUCGCACGAGAUCGAAGAAAAUGUAAAACAAUUGCAGAUAAUGGGAGCGAAUAUCACGCUGGAACAAUUUCGUCAGUUGGACGCAGAGUGUGAUCCUCAAUUACUGGAUUUUCCUGGCGAACCUCCCAGUGUUAAUGUUGAUUUGAUAAAAGCCAAACGUGGGCUCUUUGAUGGCUCGAAAGCACCUAGAUAUGUUCCUUUGGCCACACUUUAUCAUGCUAAAGAAAAGGACGUUGAAAAAGAAAAUCCUGCUUAUCUGAAGUAUACUGGAACUAUUUGGCUGGAUGACAAAAAAGGCCAGGGAAGAGACCUUAAUCCUGGUGAUGACAUCCUGAUAAUCGUGAGAGUGUAUGAACCUUUCUCAUCCAUUUCUGGCUCUCGAAAAAUCAGACCAAUCACUUGCAGCCAUGAGAUAGCUGUUCUGGGCAACCAAACUCUUGAUAAACUUAGGGAUAAAAUCAUGUGUCCAUCUGGGUUGGCAGUCGACGGCGACCUGAGUGAAAAUCCUGAGAAGAGCUCGGAUAAGGUUGCAAAGGAAAUUUAUAAAUCUGGAUUUUUCUUCUUUGAAGAUAUAUUCUAUAACGAUUUUCGUCAUGAAAAUAACAUCGAUUACAGUGCCGUUAUUAGAGAAUGGGCAGAAAGAAAGAAAAUUGGUAAUUUUGGAACUGCAGUAAUGGAAGAAACUGCAUUUAUGGAUCUGACUGUUCGUUUUGGUUUUCCUUAUGUGUAUCAGCACUUGGGAAAUUGUGAACAUCUGAUAGUAUUCAGUGAUGCCAGGCUGUUGCAUGCUGAUGAUUUCUUAUGUACAUCCGAUUAUCCUCGUUUUUUGACAGUAAAUGCACGGAAAUCAAAGUAUUGUAUGGUAUGCAAGUUCUACAGUGCAAGGUGGGUCACAUUGGAUAACAAACGUGUUCCACAUGACCCAUGCUUUUUUUGUGACAUAUGUUUCAAGUCAUUCAACUACAGGGAUGGUGAGAAGAUUGGUUCAUUUAGAGCGUAUCGUUAUCAUGACAGAGCUAGCAUGAUGUAAAUGAAUAUUGAAAGUAACUGUGUGUGUUAUACAAACAGCUAAAUAUGUAUGUUCACUUCUUGGUGAACUGUGUACUGAACUUAUAAUGUUUAUUGAAUUAUUCUCACUGAAACGUGUUUAGAUAUAAAAUAAACCAAAUUUUUUGUAUGUCCUGUUUUUUAUGGAA